UUAAGCCACUCUCUCAGGCUACUAAACGGUUUCUUUGUUAUCACAAUAACCGAGUCUAAAUGCUUGUCAUCUCGUCGUUUAUUUAUUGAAUUACAUGUAAUACGAUUAGUAGUUCGUCGGUGGUUGAACCGACAAAGUGAAUACAGCUGUUUCAAGAUGAAACAAGUUUGGAUUUUGAUUUUAUUUAGUUUAUUGGGUGUUUUGUGUCCUUUAGUUUGUGGUGAUGUGAAAUUAAAAUCUAAAAAUGAUAUUGCUCUUGAAUUUUCACAACAAAGUGCUGUAGAAGGACUGAUUUCACGUUUACUGCCUGAAUACGUCGAUAAUUUUGCAAUCGAAGUGAAUUUUUCAAUGAAAAGUGACAAUAAAGAUGUUUUUAUUCUUGAAAAAGUGCUGCCUGAAAAUUUGAUUCAUAUCAAAGCCUCCUCGGGGGUGGCAGCUGCAGCUGGCCUUCAUCAUUAUCUAAAAUAUUUCUGCAAUGCACACGUUUCAUGGGAUUAUAAUCAGCUCAACAUGACAAAGUGUCAAGCGAGUGAAAUACGAACUAAUCGAGUUAAUGACAGAUAUCGAUAUUAUCAAAAUGCGUGCACGCCAAGCUACAGUUUCGUUGAUUGGAAGAAGUGGGAGCAGCACAUCGAUUGGAUGGCGCUGCAAGGAUUCAAUCUGGUACCUGCCCAAAACGGGCAGGAGGAAAUAUGGCGGCGGGUGUACAGCAAAUUGGGUUUAACCCGCGAAGAAAUCAAUGAACACAUCGCAGGACCUGCAUUUCUAGCCUGGAAUAGAAUGGGUAAUUUGCGUGGAUGGGGUGGUCCUUUGAGUAUGUCUUGGCAUGCCCAACAAGUUGAAUUAAAUCAUCGUAUUAUUAAACGUAUGAGGGAGUUUGGAAUGACAACGAUUUUACCUGCCUUUGCUGGACAAGUACCAAGAGCAUUCAAAAGAUUAUAUCCCAAUGCAACUUAUUUUGAUUUGCCAGGUUGGAAUGGUUUCAACGAUACUUAUUUAAAUUGGGUUUUAUUUUUAACUGAAUCAACUAAAGAAUUUGGCACUGAUCAUAUUUAUAAUUGUGAUACUUUCAAUGAAAUGACUCCAUUCACCACUGAUUUGGAUAAAUUACGUCAAAUCGGCGAAGCAAUUUAUUCUUCGAUGACUUCAGUCGAUCCUGAUGCGAUUUGUGUUUGUAAUACAUUUGUGGUGAAGGUUAAUGCAGGCUUUGCUUACUUCUGUUUUCUACAAGGCUGGUUAUUUUAUUACGAGAGUGAUUACUGGAUCAACGAAAGGGUUGAAAGUUUCAUUACUAGUGUACCUUUGGGAAAAAUGAUUAUUCUGGAUUUUGAAAAUCCGAGCAAAAUCUAAUAUGAACGAUUGGAUAGUGUACAGUAAGCCUUAUAUCUAGUUGCAUAUUUGCACAACUUUGGAGGAACAUUGGGAAUGUUUGGAUCGGCUGAUAUCAUUAAUAAUAGAGUUUUUGAAGCAAGAAACGCCAAAAAUUCAACACUUAUUGGAACAGGUAUUUACCCAGAAGGAAUUGAUCAAAAUUACGUCGUUUAUGAUCUUAUGGUUGAAAUGUCUUAUCGUAAGGAUGCAGCUAAUCUCUCUGAGUGGAUUAAAAAUUAUUCAAUCAGAAGAUAUGGAUUUGAAAAUGAAAAUAUUUCAAAAGCUUGGGAUAUAUUACUUAAUACGGUAUACAGUUUUAAUACCUCUGAAAUGAUGCGUGGGAAAUAUGUUUAUAAUCGAUCUCCACGAACUAAAAUCAUCCCCUGGACAUGGUACGACCAUGAAGAAUUUAACAAAGCGCAUCAUUUGUUCUUCAAUUCGUUAUCGGAUGUAUUCUCAAGCGAAAAUUGUUUGCAUGACUACGUGGACCUUACACGACAAGUGGGACAGAAUUUACUAGAUGACAUCUAUCAAGAGUUGAUUCUUGCUUUUCAAGUUAAAAAUCUGGAGAAUUUCCUUUUACUAAAAGAACAAUUUUUGCAACUGUUUGAUGUGAUGGAGACAAUUUAUCAAUUGAUAAAAUGGCGACUUUCUCAAUGGCUGACAGCAGCAAAACAAUGGGCUACUUGUGAUGAGGGAAGCCAUUUUGUUGGAGUAUAAUGCCAGAAUCAGAUC